AUGUCUCUCCGAUUCUCUGGGGGAUCCAGGCACAUCUGCUUACCGUCUGGAACUGGACCUGUUAGGCCACCCAGCGGAGGCUCGGGCUUUGCCAGCAGCACCUGUGGUGGUUCUGUUUCUGGAAGUGAACUUUCCUGGGCCUUGGGAGGAGCCCUGGGUGGUGUUCCCAGUGGGAGCCACGCUGGUGGUGCCCUUGGAAAUGCUGCUUGUGGUGGCUUUGCUGGAAGUGACGUUGGACUCCUCUCUGGGAAUGAGAAGGUUACCAUGCAAAAUCUUAACAACCGCUUAGCAUCUUACCUGGAUAAUGUGAAGGCUCUGGAGGAGGCCAAUGCUGAGCUCGAGAGAAAAAUCAAGAGUUGGUAUGAAAAAUAUGGACCUGGAUCUUGCCGUGGACUCGAUCAUGACUACAGCAGAUACCAUCUCACAAUUGAAGAUCUUAAAAAUAAGAUUAUCUCCUCCACAGCUGCCAAUGCUAAUGUGAUUCUGCAAAUUGAUAACGCCAGACUGGCUGCCGAUGACUUCCGGCUAAAGUAUGAAAAUGAGCUCACCCUUCAUCAAAACGUAGAGGCGGACAUCAACGGACUGCGGCGCGUGCUGGAUGAGCUGACCCUCUGCAGGACGGACCAGGAGCUGCAGUUCGAGUCUCUGAGUGAGGAGGUGACCUAUCUCAAGAAGGACCACGACGAGGAAAUGAAGGCUCUGCAGUGCGCGGCCGGCGGCAACGUGAACGUGGAGAUGAACGCGGCCCCCGGGGUGGACCUCACGGUCCUGCUGAACAACAUGCGGGCCGAGUACGAGGCCCUGGCCGAGCAGAACCGCAGGGACGCCGAGGCCUGGUUCCAAGAAAAGAGCGCCACGCUGCAGCAGCAGAUCUCGGACGACGCGGGCGCUGCCACCUCCGCCAGGACCGAGCUGACCGAGAUGAAGCGCACGCUGCAGACGCUCGAGAUCGAGCUGCAGUCCCUCCUGGCAACGAAACACUCCCUGGAGUGCUCCCUGACCGAGACGGAGGGCAACUACUGCUCACAGCUGGCGCAGAUCCAGGCUCAGGUCGGAGCCCUGGAAGAGCAGCUGCACCAGGUCAGGACAGAGACCGAGGGCCAGAAGCUGGAGCAUGAGCAGCUGCUGGACAUCAAGGCCCACCUGGAGAAGGAAAUCGAGACCUACUGCCGUCUCAUCGACGGAGAUGGAGAUUCAUGCUCCAAAUCAAAGGGCUUUGGCUGUGGAAGCCCGGGGAAUUCAUCUAAAGAUUUAUCCAAAACCACACUGGUGAAGACGGUGGUGGAAGAGAUAGAUCAGCGUGGUAAAGUUCUUUCAUCGAGGAUCCAUUCUAUUGAGGAAAAGACAUCCAAAGUGUCGGCCAGCAAGGCUGAACAGAGGGGUCCCUUCUAGCCAUCGUUCUGGGGGAAAGAGUAGCUUGGCAAGUGAUCUAGUACAACUGUAUUAUUCUAAAUCUCAGGGAGAAUGAAAACACUGUCUACUAUUAAAAAGUAAGCGACUGAACCAAAAUACCUGUUUUAUGACUACGUUUUACAGGAUUGUUGGGUGUCUGUGUUCAAAUCGAUAUAAAAGGUUGAUGUAAUGGCAUUUCUGCUCACUGGUGACUAAUAAAUAAUCGUAAUAAUGA